GGUUUUUUGUGUAUAUGCAGAGCACAAAGUAAUCAUAGUGGGACUUGAUAAUGCUGGAAAGACUACUAUUCUUUACCAAUUCUUGAUGAAUGAAGUGGUUCACACUUCUCCAACCAUAGGAAGCAAUGUAGAAGAAAUAGUGGUGAAAAACACUCAUUUCUUAAUGUGGGAUAUUGGAGGACAAGAGUCAUUACGGUCAUCGUGGAAUACCUAUUAUUCAAACACAGAGUUCAUCAUUCUUGUUGUUGACAGCAUUGACAGAGAGCGACUUUCUAUUACAAAAGAAGAACUUUAUAGAAUGCUGGCUCAUGAGGAUUUACGGAAGGCUGCAGUUCUCAUCUUUGCAAACAAGCAGGACAUGAAAGGUUGCAUGACAGCUGCUGAGAUAUCUACAUACCUCACCCUCAGCUCCAUAAAGGACCACCCGUGGCACAUUCAGUCCUGUUGUGCUUUGACAGGAGAAGGAUUGUGCCAAGGGUUGGAGUGGAUGACCUCCCGUAUUGGUGUGAGAUAGCUUAUUUUGUUGGGGUUUCUUUCCCCAAAAGAAGAGACUUCUAUUUAUCCUGUGAACAUGUACAUUUUUCCGUGCUCCCAGCUGCUAAGGCAGUGACCAUGUUUAAUUUAUAUCAGCCAACCCCCAAGCUGUACUUGAAUCAAGCGCAGUUGAACUGAAACACAAAGUAUUUUUCUUAACUUUUUUAAUACACUAAUCUUCAACUGGAUGAACAUAUGUGCAUCUGUUUUUAAGCAUUGAAAUUCCUCUGAAUAUGUACUCUAACUUUUUCAUGACAGCUUUUUAAAAUCCAUUUUGUCAUUGUCAAUAUUUCAUACUUCCUCUUUCUAAAUAGUUUAUAUAACUUACUAACAUAAACGAGCGCAGUUUGUUUAAUAAUGAAAAAGUAGUGAGUAGGUGGACUUUACUCUGGCAUAGCUUUAGCCUCUAAGGAUAACCAUAUCUCCAGCUGGGCUUCCUGGAACAUCAGCAGAGUUCUAGCCAGCAUGUGAGUUAAUAGUUAUGAAUGCAGAUUUUUAAAUGCUGAACGAGUUAGUUACAGUUAAUAUUGUGGUGGCUUUUAACCUGGUAUAUAAUUGAACUUUUGCCUUAAAGCAAAUCUCUUUCUUUCUCUCACUUUCUCUGGUAAGCAGUUCUAGGACAUGAUUCUUUUACUUGAAAAUACAUCUCUGUACAGUGGAUAAAUAUUUUGUUAUUAAGUGCUGGUUUAGUCAUUUAGAACUUGAAUACCUUUUGAAAAAUAAACCUCUUGAUAAUUAAAUUUGGAA